AGUUGCAGUCGAAUCGUCGACAAAGUUAGUUGAAAAAUAAAAACGGGAAGAUCGCGUUGGGUAAUAUUUGUGAAGAGAUAACUCAUAAAAGAAUAAUAAGAAAAAUAAGAAAGAAAGAUUAUUUAUAUUAAUUGUCCACUCGGAUUUCCAUGGGUGGACAGUGUCCAGUGUGGCUGGUGUCAGCCCUUUUUAUUUUGACACUCGCAAACGUUGAAGGAGAACUUACGCCACCUUACUUCAAUCUAGCAGAAGGUCGAAAAAUUUCGGCUUCUUCAACAUGCGGUGUUGAUAUUGACGGCCCAGAAUUGUAUUGCAAACUUGUCGGAUCUCAUACAGAUGAUCAACAAAACAAAACUCUUUUCGAUUAUCAUGAUGAUCACUUUCAUACUCAGGAUCUUUCACGUCAAGGGCAUGUAGUCAUCCAAGGACAGCAAUGUGACUACUGCUUACCAGAUUCUCAUCCGGUCGAGAAUGCUAUUGAUGGUUCAGAGAAAUGGUGGCAAAGUCCGCCGUUAUCACGUGGAAUGAAGUUCAACGAAGUCAACUUAACGAUUGAUUUUGGACAGACAUCUUCAAUCGUUAAUUAA